UGUCUGAACCGCCGCGCUCCGCCCUCCACUUCUAUUGGCUGUCGUGAGGACUGGGCUCUCUGAAUGGCUGGGCUGAGCGCAGGUCCCGCCCCCGCCGCGGCUAGUUCGGGAAGUGAAGAUGGCGGCGGCGGCGGCGGCGGUGACAGCGGCGGAUGAAGCAGAGCGGGCGCGGGGCCGGCGGGCCGCCCUGUCCUUCGCGGCCAUCGCCGUGGUGCUGGGGCUGCCGCUGUGGUGGAGAACGACCGAGACGUACCGCGCCGCGCUGCCCUACGCGGACAUCGCGGGGCUGGGCCGGCUGCCGGUGCAGCUGGCGGUGCCCGUCGCCGUGGUGUUCGCCCCGGGGUCGGUGCCCGGGGACCUGCCGAGGCCGCUGCCGUUCAGGGAUGUGGAGGAGAUGGAGAUCUCUGUGAACGUGAGAACCAGUGUCACGUCCCGAUACGAGAUGGUCUAUCGCGGCACCACGGCUCAGGAGGAGGCAGCGCUGGAUGCGGCUACUGCACGAGAGGCUGAUGCUGCUCUACACCUGCUGCAGGACGCUUCUUUGGGCUCUGUGACCGUGUAUGUGGUCCCAGAAACCUCUUCUCUCCUGCCUCAGGGCGUCAGUGUCUAUGUGGGGAAGCACCGCAGUGCCCUGGUGAAGGCGGGCGGCGGCCUGGCUGCCCUCCGCACGCACCUCCGGCAGCUCACGCAGGUGAUGUCCUUCACGGCCAGCUCCAUUGCCGCUGUCCUCUCAGACCGUGUGCCCGAUGGCCAGCUCGGCCCUGACACCCGGCGGCACUUGAAAUCCAGCCUGGGGUACGAGAUCACCUUCAGCCUGCUGAACCCCGACCCCAGGUCCCAUGCCGUGCACUGGGACAUCGAGGAUGCCGUGAACCGCUACGUGCAGCCCGUCCUGGACAAGCUGAGCUUGGUGGCCAACUUCUCUGUUGACUCACAGAUCCUGUACUACGCCGUCCUAGGAGUGACACCACGCUUUGACAAGGAGUCCUUCAGCUUCCUCCUGAGCGCCCACAGCCUCCCACAUGUCAUCAACCCAGUGGAAGCCCGACUGGGUUCUAGUGCUGCCUCGCUCUACCCUGUGCUGAACUUCCUGCUGUAUGUGCCAGAGCGUUCCCACUCUCCCCUGUACAUCCAGGACAAGGACGGAGCCCCAGUGAGCACCAACGCCUUCCACAGCCCCCGCUGGGGUGGCAUCAUGGUUUACAAUGUUGAAGCUCCUGCUUCUCCCCAUGCCUCCCUCCCGCUGCACGUGGACGUGGACAUGGUGCGAGUGAUGGAGGUUUUCCUGGCCCAGCUGCGGUUACUGUUUGGGUUAUCUCGUGAGGAGCUGCCCCCCGAGUUCCUGCUGGAGAGCCCAGGGAACGAGGGCCUGGCCGACUGGGAGCUGGACCGCCUGCUCUGGGCCCACACCCUGGAGAACAUCGCCACCGUGUCCACCACCCUCACCUCGCUGGCCCAGCUUCUGGACAAGAUCGGGAACAUUGUCAUCAAAGAUGAUGUUGCCUCUGAGGUGUACCAAGCGGUGGCUUCAGCCCAGAAUGCUGUGGCCGAGUUGGCCAUGGGCCACCUGCACUCAGCUUUCCAGGCCAGCAAGAAGGCGGUCACCUCCUCAGAGCGUGCGUUCUUUGACCCGUCGCUCCUCCAUCUCCUCUACUUCCCUGAUGACCAGAAAUUUGCUAUCUACAUCCCGCUCUUCCUGCCCAUGGCUGUCCCCAUUCUCCUGUCCUUGGCCAAGAUCGUCCGGGAGACCAGGCAGCGUAAGAAGGAGCCCACCAAGAUGGACUGAGGCCACCACGAUGGGACUGAGCCCAGUGUGCUGGUGCUGUCUUAGGGCUGGGACUGUUCCCAACUCAUGGAGUGUGUUGUCAUAGACCUGUGGCCCCAGAAGGUGUCUCAGAAUGGUGGCAGGGCCAGGCCUGGCACCUCACCUUGGGUCAGCCAUGGCCAAAAUGCAGGAGGGAGAAGAGAGGUUGCUUGGUGGGGUGGGGGAGACGCUCUUGAUCUGGGUCCUGAGUCUUCCACCCAGAACUGCUGAGAUCCAAGAGGAGUUUGGGGGUCUCCUUGCGUGUCCCCCUGGCCCUGCACUGUGUUCAGAACAAGCUGCUGUAUAAAUAAAUAAAAAUAAAUAAAAAUA